AUGGCGGAAAUUGAAGAGCUUCACAAGAUGAGCGGAAGAACUCCUACCCACAACCAACCCAACAACCCAACAGGAACCCCUGUCCACAACCAACCCAACAACCCAACAGGAACCCCUGUCCUCAACCAACCCAACAACCCAACAGGAACCCCUGUCCACAACCCCUCUAACAGGAACCCCUGUCCACAACCACCCCAACAACCCAACAGGAACCCCUUUCCACAACCAACCCAACAGGAACCCCUGUCCACAACCAACCGUACAACCCAACAGGAACCCCUGUCCACAACCCCUCUAACAGGAACCCCUGUCCACAACCACCCCAAAACCCAACAGGAACCAAUGUCCACACCCAUCCCACCAACACAACCGAACCCCUGUUCAACCCACCCAAACAACCCGGCGGAACCCCUUUCCACUCAACCCUACCAAACCAAAGAAACCCCUGCUCAGUCUUCCCCACCAAACCGACAGAACCCCUGUCCACCCCAUCAAUCGGAAUGGGUGGUCAGGGGUUAA